CCAUCACAAUGUCCACAGCAGAACAAGGAAUUCCAAACGACCAAGGCUUCAAAAACGGAGACCCAAAUGCAAACGCCAACAUUGCUAGAUUUAUUACCCCAGGUGGUCACCCAGCGGACAGCUCACAACCAGCUUUCCCAAUCUUCCACAGAAAGAUUGCUAAUCCUUCUCCACUCGGUCUCGCAUCUUUCGCAACUACAACUUUCAUGCUUUCCCUCUAUAACAUCUCCACUAGAGGUAUUAGCGCUCCAAAUGUUGUCGUCGGUCCGGCACUCUUCUACGGUGGUUUAACACAACUUUUGGCUGGUAUGUGGGAAUUCACCACUGGUAACACUUUCGCUGCUACUGCAUUCUCAACUUACGGUGGUUUCUGGUUAUCAUACGGAGUUAUUUAUAUCCCUUGGUUCGGAAUUGAAGCAGCAUAUGAGGGUGCCGAAGAGGAAUUGGCUUCCGCUCUUGGUAUCUUCCUGAUCGGAUGGUUCAUCAUCACCUUCAUCUUCUUGGUUGCUUCACACAGAUCCUCUGUCGCACUCUCCGGUGUUUUCUUCUUCCUUACGAUUACCUUUAUCUUGCUCGCUGCUGCAGAAUUCACAGGAAGCACUGGCACUAAAAAAGCAGGUGGUGUAAUCGGAUGUAUCACUGCAUUCAACGCAUGGUAUGUUUGCCUUGCUGGUCUCUUGACCCCAGACAGUUCAUACUUCACCCUUCCAACCGUCUCAUUGGACUUUAAGAAAAAAUAAGCUCAAUGGGAUUAAUUACUUCACUUCACGAUGACUGAUUUAGGUUGUGGUAUUCUAAUACUCUAUUAAUAAUAAUACAUUAUGUUUUAAGGUCUACCAUUUAUUUUCGUUGUACUAUUUUCAAGUUUUUACUGUUGAUACAUUUAAGUUUUUUACGC